AGUCUCGCCGCGGUGUACCAUUGCAAGAGAGCACCUCCGUGUGGUAGCUCGGUUAAAAGUAGGUAUUGCCGACCAACCAGUCUACCGGCCAGCUAGCCGGUCAGUCAGCCGAUCAGCCAGCCAGCCAGCCAGCCAGCUCGAAGAAAACAAUCCUUACGUGCACACCGUAACGUGCAUACCGUGGUGCACACCGGUCUUAUAAUGACGCGGCGCGGUGACCGUUUUGGUACGAUAAAAGUUGAGGGCAACCUUCGGGUGUUCCUGCGCUGGUUCGAGGAGAGCUGAGGAAAAAAGAAGAGGGAGUGGAACGAGUUCUCUGGUGCCAGUGUGCAGUCUAGUCCAAGACACAGGAUGAUAGCGAACGUCCGAUGAGUAUCCUGCUUCCCAUUGCCCUCCUACUAGAGUGAGAGAGAGAGAGAGAGAGAGAGAGAGAGAGAGAGAGAGAGAGAGAAAAAGAGAGAGGGCGUGAGGAGAACGAAAAAGAGAGAAUAGUUCUCCGCGGGUGACUGAGCUAUACCGCCACUUCCAUCUUUCCUCCACCACUAUUAGCGGUAAGAAGAAGAAAUGUCGAAACAAGAGGAAAUGUCUAGCAGUGCAUUUGCGGACACUUAUUAGAUCAUCGUUAAACACUCGGCAAAUGUGUCUGCCACAAAAAUUAUUCUUAGCUAAAUUAGGGGGCAGAAACGUGAUGAAAAGUUCAAAUCUAAAAGCCACAUAAUCGUCGUAAUUCCAAAUUAAUGGUUGCCCGCCACGCGAUAGCCGCGUAGCACGCAGAGUAUCCGUCAGGAACUCGAGAGCGACGUUGUACGAUAGAACAUAACGCAUUCGUCGUCGAGAUGCUAAUUAAUACUACAAAGACGCGAAUCAAGAAGGGAUACAUGCAGUUCGAGAAUCGCAUCGGGCUUGCAUCGCGGUAGAAAAAAACAUGACGAGGAAAAAGGCGAGGAGAACGAAAAUGAUCCCGCCGGACGGUGGAUGGGGUUGGGUGGUCCUUUUUUCUGCCCUCAUCGUCAACUUUCUCAUUCCUGGCACCGUCAAAUCCUUCGGCGUGCUUUUCGUCGAGUUUUUACACGUUUUUAAAGCGUCGUCCACAGCGGCCUCUUGGAUGCCAGCGUUAUGCUAUUUCCUGUACAGCUCGUUAGGUCCUUUAUCUAGUAUUCUAUCGACCAAAUACUCAUAUAGAACAGUAACUCUCAUCGGCGGCACCUUUGCGGCCAGCGGCAUGAUGCUGAGCUACUUUGCCAAUUCAGUUACUUACCUUUAUAUCAGUUAUGGUCUUAUGGUUGGAAUCGGCGCUGGAUUAUCAUUUCCUCCGACGGUUUACAUCGUUACGCAAUACUUUGAGAAGCUACGAGGGAUGGCGAACGGUCUAUGUAUUUCCGGUAGCGCAAUCGGCACAAUAGUGCUACCACCGUUACUGCAACAUCUCUUGGACCGCUUUGGAUACAGAGGAGCUGUACUCAUCAUGGGUGCGAUCACGCUGAAUACGCUGGUUUGCGGUCUCUUGUAUCAUCCGGUCGAGCAACACAUGAAAAUCGUGCCCCUGGAUGACGGUAUCGAUAAUGAAGCACUGACUCUCGACGAGUCGAUUGGUGAAAAACAGGAAUCGGAUGAAAAAAUGGGAGAGGACGCAAAAUUCACUGAUGACGAACCAAUACGCAAGUUUUCGGAUCUUUCGCACAACCAGAACAACGUGGUACUGGAGACCACCGAAAAAACAUUUUGUAAGCCUGAGAAGGCAUCUUGUAAACCCGAGAAGAAACUGGAUUACAAAACGAAUGAUACAGUCGUGGGAUUACGUUACGAUGUCAUUAGGGAUGAGAUUCCGCAUGAAAAUAUUUCAAAUACGAAUGAAUUUCGUAUGACGAUUCGUCCGAGUCAGGAGGACGAUGAUGAUCUGAAUAGUGACACGCAGAAUUUAUCGCGGCGAGGCAGUACCGAGGCUGGUACCGAGAAAGAUAUCAAGUUGCAAUUAGAUCUCUUGAAAAUCGGAAAGAAUCCGAAGGAAGAUAGCAGAGUGCGCGAUGAGGAACCCAAACGGGACGAUGCGUGCUCGAAGUCGAUCAAAAUAUCAAAAAAACAUGACAAAAAAAAGCCCUUCUUCGAUCUAAGCGUGCUGAGGGAUCCCAUUUACUUAGUGAUUCUCAUCUCCAACUCCACAUCGGCCAUCAGCAAUACGAAUUUUAUGAUCCUACUGCCGUCUUACGCGAUUGCCGAAGGAUUCGACAAAAACUCGUCGGCUCUGCUCCUGUCCAUAGUCUCGGCGUUAGAUCUGGUCGGCAGAAUCGGUGGCGCAUCCUUAUCUGAUAUCGACUUCGUACCCAAGUAUUAUUACUUUGUAGGCGGACUCGGUACCAGUGGAAUCGCUUUGGCAUUAUUACCAAUGGCGACCAGCUACACUAUGCUGUCAUUCUUCUGUGGUCUCUUCGGUCUGUCGUCAGGAAUGUAUAUCGGCAUCACGACUGUCAUCCUCGCGGACAUGUUGGGAACGGAGAAGCUCAGUUCGUCCUAUGGGAUUUCAUUGUUCGUUAAUGGCGUGUUGCAGCUCGUCGGACCGCCUAUUUGUGGUGUUAUUUUCGAGAACAUACUAUCUUAUAAGCCGAUCUUUUUAGCCUUUGGAAUUAUCUUAAUUUUGGGCACUGCACUUUGGGCGGUAGUGCCGCUUAUCAAAAGAAAUAAUAAAAAGAAUAUAGAAGCGAUAUAAAAUUCGCGCAAAUAACUUGUGCACAACUUCGACGAAGGUUUUUCGGUGCAAUUUAAGCAUUUUAUAAGACUUUAUGUAUUACAAUUGCGAUGGUUGCGUUGUUGAAAACGUCCAACAAUAUCCUUAGAUACUUUUAAACUGUGAAACAUUUGAAUUAUUGUAUAUUUCUAGACGAAUUGACACUUGUUUUUGAUAUUUGUACUUUAAGAAGAAACUUUGGGAAAGCUCAUAAAAUUUAAUUUUAAUUAAUAUUAGACGUGAAAAUAAUCGAGCUUUGUAUCCUCAAAUCCAGCAUGACCAUGUAUAUAGCUAUCUGCGCAGCAGAUAUUUAUCAUUACAAGUAUUUUCCACGAUUUGUGCCAUUAUUGCUACAUAAAUUGUCAUGUAACAAAGGCUUGUAUAAACAUGAAUAGCCAUCAUUGGA